UCAAUAGUACGGUAACAGCUGUCUGCGUGGCCCUUACUCCCACACUACCUGUGAGUCUCCCUAUUACCACACCUCUCCCCAUUCACACCACCCACCGUUGAUAUCACGCAGACACACUUGCGUGAUAUCUACGGCGGUUUAAUGAGAAUAGAAUGACUGCUGAAUAAAACGGCUUUGUGUGUGCACGCGCAUGAGUGCACAUGCUCUUGUCCCAGUAGCCAUCAUGGAGGAAGUUCUAGACCAGCUUCUUCGUGAAACAUCGACUGGUAAACAUGCACAGAUACACCAGGCCUGUACUGAAGCUCGGGACUUCUUGGAGAAUCAGGCUGGGUUACUGCGGUCACCCCCUCAUGAGUUACGAGCUUUAUGUUUGCAAGCGCUACAAUUGGCCUUAGAAACGCGCCAAUCUAAAUUGGUGUCUUUAGCAGUGUCUGGAUUCUUUAAGUUGCUUCGAGAUACACAGUUUCAUAGUGGCUAUGAAGAAGAUGACGAGACAGUGUGGUUACCGUGUCAGCUACUGGGAGCUAUACAAAGCCUUCCAUUACAUUUGGAAGACACACAAGUGGAGCUACUUAAGGUUCUCCUGAACAUGAGUUGUGUGCCAGGUAUUACCGUUUCUGGGCAGGUGGUGACACAGGUGGUGGGGGUAUGUGGUCUGGCUUAUGGCAGAGGAGGGGCAGCUCUGCGGACUGCUGCACAGUCUGCUGCCUCUCAGGCUAUUGCCCAUCUCGUCAAGCAACUGAAAGAGGAAAGUGAAGAGCAAGAGAAAAUCGUAAUUAAUAAAUCCAGAAAUGAAAGCCACAACAUCAAUGAUGAAAGAACCGACGACGACGACUCGGAUUACAUUGCUCCAGCUUAUGAUGAAAUCGUUCCUGUUAUAAAUUUCAUUGCUGAUAAACUGAUUGAGGCUAAUAAACAUCAAGAUGAUAAGAAAGGCCCAGAAGUUCCUGCACUCUUCCUCUUGGAAUGUACCAACACCCUCCUCUUCCAGCUCUCCCACCCAGAAAAUUUAGCACAUUUGCUUAAGCCUUCGGAAUCUGUGUCGUCAUCAGCAUUGCCAUCUCCUGCAUAUUGCUCCACACUUCUUGUUGGUGCACUUUGGCAACGGUUGUGUCCGGCUCUUGUGGCUCUGCUUGGUUCUCCUGUAUCCCAGAGACUGGCUAGAGCUUCAGGCAGAGCCGAGGGUCAGAUGGGACGAGGCUCGGGUUGUUUGGCACAUCCUGGCCCACUAUUCAACAAUCAACAAGCCAGGGCUAUUUACAAUGUUGCCUGUGGGCUGGUAGUAACUAUGGGCAGUGUUGGGGAGAUGAGGCCCGUGUUGGAGUCUCUCUUCUACCGUAUGUUGCUUUACCCUCCCCCUCAGUGUCGCCAAGAUGCACUCAAGGCUAUAACCGAGUUAAUUAGCAGUCCAGUGAAACUUGUGCAACUGUCUGGUCCAAUUCUGUAUCCUGAUCCCAGAAAUCCUCACCAGAAUGAUUUAGCGCUCUUCAGGCUUGUGAUGGACAGUUUAGCCGAGUGUGGUAACUGCAGUGACGUGGAAGUUCAGCGAGUCUUGGUAGAAUGUGUUUCCACUCUUCUUAGUUCCUUAGAAAAGCUGUCCCUUGGUUCUGCACUCUCCCAGCAGCAUGUGGAAGUCAUCAAUGCCACAUACGCAAGGCUUCAAGAUGGAGACUAUUCAGGGCCUCUGACAUAUGAAAACAAGAGCAAGUUACCAAAAUAUGAAAUUUCUGAAAGUGUAAAGCAUGUGUCUGACUCGGCAGCUUCAGAUACCCUCUCUCAGAAGAUAGAUGAUUUAGAUGAAGAAGAAGAAGUUGAAAAGGCAAAGACAGAGAGAGAAGAGAAAGAAGGAAAAGAAGAUGAGGAGGACAGUGAUAAAAGAGAAUGUCAAGGGGAAGGUGAAGCAGAUUCAGAUCAUCAGUCACAAGAAUUUGGGAAGUCCAAAAGUGGAAGAAAUAAAGACGGUAAUGUUUCUGGAGACAAGGGAGCAGAUUCUGAUGCAUCAGGAGAUACGGAAGGGCCAGAAGACGAGAGUGACAUAGGAGAGGAACAGUUUGAACUUGAAGAGGCAGAGCAUCAGCAGCAGUGUGAGGAGCAAGAGGCUCUCAGACUACACCGUUUAAAUGAAACAUUGCAGUCAACCUCUAAUUUGCGUCACGUCAUUGAUGAUGAAGCUGAGAGGGAAUGUGAAAAUGCCCAACACUUCACCUGCACACUCUGUGCCCUUCUGCCCUCACUGCUGGCCAUUCGUAGCACCAUUGAGGUUGAUCAAGCUAUUCUAGAGUUCUCUGCAAAAUAUUGCGAAGGAGUGUUCAGUGCCACGAACCAAGAGGACAGUCAUCAGGUGAUUAUUAAUGCAGAUGGAAUAUAUUUGGCAACAUACUCUGUUCUAUCACUCAACCUACAGCUCAUCCGUGGUGGACAUUACUGUGACCCAAAUUUACCGUUACCAAUGAAUCAGGAGCAGUUUGUAGAUCUGGUGCAUGGAAGUGGUGUGUUGGUGUAUCUCUCGUCUGCGUGGCUCGGCGAGGUUUAUCGUCAGGUUACAAAAGAUAGUUUUCUUCAGAGGGCUGGCUAUACUCCUCACUCACCUCAUAACUGUGCUCUCAUCAAUCUGUUAACAGAUCUGGAACAUGGCAUGCGAUGGUCCCUUAAGCAUGACUUUGACUUGGAUGGGCUGGGUAGUACAGAACAGAAGAGUCAGAUGUUGUCUGAUCAUCGUCGAUUGGAGAAAGCUGCAUCCAAUGUAACAAGUUCCCCAGAGCUGCUAGCAGGAAUGAAGCUGUGUCGUCGAAUAGUCACGUGUGGCUGGGAGAGUUUGUUGGGGGUUCUGGGAGCGGUACUGAAUGGAGCUGGAGGAAGUGGGGGGCUUGCUGGUCCUCUGCGUCUCCUGUUGGGUACAGAAGGGGCUAGAGAGGAGUCUCGGAAAUCCCAAGAACUACUUGCUCGAUGUCUAAAUGCUCUACAGUCAUCAGCUAGGCUGGCUAAUGUUCUAGGGCUGCAGAACCGCUGUGGUGUGGUAUUUUCCUUGCUUGCAUCUGCCUGUCUUCCCAAUAAUGAUUGCAAUGCAGUUAGCACACCAAAGCGCCAUCAUCUGAGAUCGCCAGCGAUAUCGAAGAAGGUGCAGCGGCUUCACACGGCCCAUUUGCUCUCCGUUCAUGUCAUCAUGUCUUCAGGGCUAGAGCUUGGCUCUCAUGCCCCAGAGUGCUGGACACACAUAUUCAAAUGCUGUAUAUACCUGGCUGAGCUGGAACGCACCUUCUUCAGUCAUAAUAGUGGCUAUCAGUCCUUUCCCACUAGACUUGCUCCUCCUCCUCUAAACAGUGAGAAGUCGAAAUCGGAAUCACCUGAUGACCUUUUCAAUGAUGAUCCAUAUCGCUUUGUGGUACCAGUGGCACCUUUGGCCCCAAGCACUAGUGUCGAGGAGCUCAUUCGAGAGAGUCAGAGUGACACCAACAGCAGUGGGUUCCUCUCGCCUCAAGAUACAGGGAAAGCCAUAUGUGCCCUUACGCAGCUGGUGGAUAGGUUGUUUGAUGAUGCUUCUACAAAAUUGAACAUGGCAUCUUUAGUGAGCUUCCUAGCAGAGCUAUGUGCAGCUUCUCAAGCACAACUGUUCUCACGCAUGUCUCCACACACUCCACACAAAGGACUUAUCAAGUGGCCGAGGAAGACAAACACAUCUUCAGGAACAGACGUUGCACGAGGCAAGGGUGGCGACAUUCUGUUGCUACACCGUUUAGCCGAGGUGAUGCUGCGUGCUGUCAACUCUGGUCGACCUCUCCUACACAUAAUGAGGGCAUGGGCUGUUGCUGGCCCUCACUUUAUGGAGGCUGCAUGUCACAAAGAUGGAUCAGUGAGCAAGAAAGCAGUGAGCUCGAUCCAUGAUAUUGUCAAUGCAUUGCUGAGCAACCAGACAGAAUUGCCACACUUCCACUUCAAUGAAGCCCUCUUCAAGCCUUUUGAAAACCUGCUGUGUCUGGAGCUUUGUGACUUGGAUAUUCAGGAUCAGAUUGUAAGUAGCAUAUGUGAAUUUGUGGAAAGCUGCACUCCUGAAAUACGAUCAGGAUGGCGUCCUCUGUUUGGUGCAUUGAGGUGUGUGCGUCCUCCAUCAAUCCUUCCAGUAUCAUCAGGACCCACUAAUACAGGUAUUGGAAGCACUGCAACCACCAGAGAAAGUGUUGGCCAUUUGCAUGUUGUGAGAGAUGUGUUUGAGGCCUUCCUAGCUACGGAUAAUGUUUUGGUGUUUGCUAAUGCAGCUUUGGACUGUAUACUGUGCUUGCUCAAGCACGUCAAAGGAUCAGGUGAGGAGGAAAGCUGUGAUGAAACAGUGGUUGGAUGGGAUGAACUUGUGAGUGGUGAUCUGUGCCUUGAUGCCCUUCGCUACUUGCACCGAUGUGCUGCUAUACUGGCCUCCAUGUAUGAGAUGCCAGCUUGCCCAGUCUUCCAUGCUGCUCAUAGGAUCACAAUACAUUCGCCACCCCAGUUAGUAGACCCACAUCUGCCAAACAUUGAUGAGAAUCUCCUAUGGACAUUAGUUACUGAAAUCACCGACAUGAAUCCUAAAGAGGUUUCCUAUGCACCACUGUGGCCUUCCCACAACUGUCCCAAGGGAAUUUAUUUGGCAUCAAUGGAUCGCAGCAGCGGAAUCUUGCAAGUAUGGUACCUCUUGCUAGAAGGACUCGCGGGAGCAACAAUGACUUGUCCAAGACGUUAUCAGCCACAAGUACUGGAUACGCUGUUCUCACUACUUCGUAGUUUACCAGAUUGCCCAGGGUCCACAUUCGGAAUGUAUUGCGUGAACCACCUAUUGUUGCCUUUGAUGCAAGGUUGGCUCAGAAGGUCAAACACCUACUCCUCCCCAACAUCCUGGGACUUCACUGCAUCAUUCAAGCAAUACACUGGUCUCACCUCAGACUUGGUGGUAGAAUACAUUAAAAAAAUGUCUAAUAAAGGUGUUUUAAGUGAGAACCAGAGUGCACGUUUGAUGCUGCAGCAGUGUCUUCUGGUGCUGGUGGAGUGCAUUACACACCCUACGGAGUCCACCUCCAGACUUGGUUGUGCUUGUAUUAGACAUGUUAUCAACAGUUGCGGUGAAAAUCUACCACCCGAGUAUUGGAAUGUGGUGGUGUGUGCUCUUCACCGUGGUUGCCAGGUGGCUCUGUAUCCUUUGUAUCAGUUGAUGAACCUCUUCCAGCCAGACUCACCAAACUUCUAUGGUGAUGUAGGUCAAGUCAAAGUAGCAGCCAGAAGAGAUUGCACUGGCAAGGACAGUGACCGCCUGAGGCAACUCUCCCAUCAGGUUUUCCUAUUAGACACUCAGCGUAGUAACGUAUCUGCCAAUAUAGAUAACCCAGAUGCUGAAGAUCGAUCAUUUAUCUUCCUGUUGUAUCCAGAAGAGCAAGGACCUACUUACAAAAUGGGUACCAUCAACCCAGACACUAUAGAAGGAGAACCUGUUCGUGUUCCCUUCCGAACAUUAGUUGUGGGUCUUCUUGCUCAUCAAAUUCUUCUUCAGACCUUGGGGACACUUCUGGUUCGGGGAUCUCCACAUAUUAUACCAAGUUUAGCUAAUGUGUUGCUCCAGGGCUUAGACUUUUCUCAAGGAGACAGUGAAGAAGGAAGAGUUGCCGAGAGUGAAGGCCAAGUUCCAGGAUUUCUUCGUUUUAUGACUCCUGAGCAUGUGCAGGUGUUGCUUAACGCACUGCAAGUUUCAUAUACAGCAGCUGUUGAAUUUGAUCGUCGUCCAGGAUUAAAAUUCUUAAUUCAGAAGGUAGCUCAAGCAGAAAGAGCAGCAAAUCUUUACAAACAGGCAGGAGCUAGUUGGACAUUAAGAAUGGUUACUCUAUUUGACUUGACCUUAGCACAAGUGAAACAUGGCUUAGGGCUUCCUGAAGUAAAGGAGGUUCUUGAGCAAGAUAUCAAGGCAAAAAAUACCUUCAAAAGAGAAUUAAAUGAACUUGGGAAAUCUGCCGAUAUGGACAAUGAUAAUGAAGAUGUACCGGAUCCUACAAGUAUAAAGUGCCCUCGGCCCAAACAUCUCUUAAAGGAAGACACGAUGCAGUACAUACAGUUGCUACGGGAUUCCUUCACCGAGCUCUGUGAUGUGUAUUUAGAUCUUGUUAUAGAUCGUGAUGGUCAUUAUUCUGCAGUGGAUAGAAUUGAUGAUCAACCUAUUUUCUUUCUUACUGUGCAGCCAGAUGAAUUUCCUACAGCUCAUCGUAAAAGUUUGGCUCAGUGGACAAGGAGUCUUGAAGAAUUUAAUGAGCAUUUUACAAAAGGGAAGAAAAUGGACUUGGAUGUAGAAACUGAAGAUAAAGAUCCCAUUUCUGGCACAAUGACCAUUGGUGCCAGUCCUAGUUGUGCAACAGUUCCUUCAGACUUGUCUAUAAGAGAAGAAGUUCAUGAAGAAAAGCCUUUUACCUUCUCGGACUUGGCACGAGACUACAGCUCUGACUCUGAAGACUCGGAGUUGCCAGAGUUUGCCGAGGGUGGAGACUCUGGCAUUGCUAGUUUAGCAGGAGCUCAGCAGAGCAUUUAUCGUGUCGCCACUGAAAGAGACAUAGCCACUUUAAUGACUGAUUAUAGGCGAAGGAAAAACCAGCACUCCCUUCCGUCACUACACAGAGAAAAGAGAACAAAUCCAUUUUUGGAGAAACGUCCUAGUAGACCUGCCGAACCUGUGCCCCCAGAGAUUGAAGAACAAAGAACUAACAGUCUCAUGAAGGACAGUGAAGCACACCUCAAGGUUUGGACAGAAAUGGUGGUGACGGUGUUUGAUCUCAUCAGUCAGCUAAGCGACUCUGAGUUAGGGCCGUUGCUACCUCUGUUGUUCCCAACAAUACGUUCCUUAACUGCACAUGCACAUGACCCUCAUCUUCGUCAAGUUGUGGCCGAGCUCCUUACAAGAGUUGCAACUCUUUAUGGUUUCAGUCCUGCAGAGUAAAAUAAUGGUUCAAAAAUGCAAAUAAACACUAUAAUAUUAAUUCAGAUGGUUUACCUGCAGCUUUUGACGUUUUUUAGGCUGCUGUGUUUAUACUUGGGAAUAGGUACUCACAUUGGAUUAAUAAGAUAAAUACUAUUUUCUUCCUGAAUUUGUUUAUGCUUAAAGGCUCCAAAACUGGGAGUGCAUAUUACAAUAAGGAUGUAGUAAGCAUGUGUUGAAUGUGUUAUUUAAAGUGUGCAUGAAUCUCCAUUAUUAGGAAGUCGGUAUGACAUUAAAUAUCAGCUUGCAUCUUGUCAA